CACCGACCUCCGAUGUCCUGGUGGAAAAGGAAGCCGACCUACCCGGCCGCGGGGCUCUUCCUGCUGGGCGCCGUGUGCUGGGGGAUGGGCGACGCUUUCCUCAUAGCUGGACGUCGGUGAAGGAAGUGACAUCAUUGGACUGAGUUUUGUCAGAGCUCAAAGAAGGAGCUCCGACCCGCAGAGACUUAGAAUACAGCGGCACAGCUUUUGGGUACCGACAACGUAAGGGGGAUCAGCCAAUCCCCGUUGUCGGCCCGGGACAGGAAGUGAAACUUGUAAUAAAGAAAGCGGCGGGUAAGCCAGGUGAGAUCCAAGUGACCUCCAUUGCCUAUGACACUGCACAUCUUCCAUGUUCGUUUCAUUUUAUACAAGGAUUGGAACACCUACUCGUUGUCUGGGAGAUGGAAAAAGAUGGAAAAAGCAUGCAGGUCUACAAGUCUGUGAAUGGUCAGAAUGACCUUUCCAAUCAGGAUUCUCAAUUCAGAGGACGCACAGUUUUUUCAGGAGACAUCUCACAGGGGAAGCUGGACCUGACCCUGGUGGGAGUCACCCGGAACGAUGACGCGAUUUAUUACUGCCGAGCUGCCAAUAAAAUAAAUCAUGGAGACAAUGUGGUGGUAUUAUCGGUCAUCGCUCUGCCGCCACUGAUGGUCCAGAAAGCGGUUGAAGAUGAUGUCACUCUGGUGCCAAAGUUUUCCGGGGUCCCAACAGAAAUAAACUGGAAGCUGAACAAUAACAAACUGGUGGAUAUGGAGUUGGAACCACUAGAGCGCCAUUUUUAUCGCCUGGCAGACAGAGCUGACUUACAUCGUAACGGAUCCCUGACCAUAAGAAAGCUGACUAAGGAGGACUCGGGGGCCUACAAGUCGGAGGUCAUUGUGAAUAAUUUUAUCCAGGAAACUGAAAUACGGCUCGCUGUACUCGAUCGAGUUUCCAAACCAACCAUCACUGACAGCAGCACCGAUCAGCAGAUUAUCCUGCAUUGUGUGUCCUCCACAAUUAAUUUAACCUACAAAUGGCUGGUCAAUGGAAUUGAAACUGAGACUACUGACCAGGAAUACACUGAACUCCGACCAAAAGAGGACGUGAUAGUGAGCUGCACUGUGAACAACAAUGUGUCUGAAAAUAGCCAAUCCAGAACAAUCCCUUCAGGGAAGUCAGAGUAUGGAAGACUUCAUUUCAUUUGCAUUGCUAUUAUUAUUUCUGCUACUCUUCUUCUUAUUAUUAUUCUUAUGGUCUUCAUCCGAGUGUUUUGGUUUAAACGACACUGGAAAUGUAAGAAGUACGAGAGGGAUGUUGUUUUUGUUGUUGUUGAGCCAAUUUCCUGUAUUGCUUAUCCCCCUAGUAAUGGAAUAAACUUGCCUGACGUUUCAGAAAGUGGCUACAUGUGUGAUGAAAAUAGUGAUAAAACACCUAUAGAAGGAUUCCAGAAGACGGAGGAAGACCAGAGAGAUGCCGCUGAACUUGAAUAUACUGGCCGUCUCCAUCCUAAAUAUGAUUUAGUGGCGCCACGUACUCAUAAAUUGUCCUCAGAUAGUGACUACUUCUCUGAUCAAAGUAAAGAAACUCCGGAAUCUGAUUGUCUUCUAGAAGGAUUCCAGAAGACUCAGAGAGACCCGAAAGAUGACCCGAAAUAUAUUGGCAAUGACCAGUCUGAUGGUUAUAUAAAGUUUCAUAAAACGUCCUCAGAUGGUGACUUCAUCUCUAAGAAAAGUAGAGAAGCUCCGGAACCUUUUCAUGUAAUAGAAGAACGCUGAUUUCCACCUGAAUGAGAAGCAAAGUUCCUUAGGAGGGGAGACUGCAUUCAUUCGCCCCUCGUCCAAUCACAGUUUGUGUUCCAUGAAAAGAGCCAAAAGUCUGGCGCUUACAGCGGACAUUGGGGGCCCUCUCACACCGAACGCAGUUGGCUGCAUUUUGAACUCCAACUGCACAGACUGCCUAAAAUCAAGGUUCACGUCAUUGCAGUGCAGUUCAACGCAAUAAAAAAAAAGGAGUGCAUGCUGCAAUUUUUUGCGCACAGCAAAUGCAGGGAACGUGCUACAAAUGCGUGUUAAAUGCACCGCACCGCGCCCCUUUAAGCCAAGCCCAAAAAUGUAUACAAAUUUGCGCGGCAUAACGCAUGCAAAACACAUACAAGCACAAAUCAAACGUGCUUUAAAUGCAUGUUUAACUGACACAUUGGGGUUUCAUUUGGUGGUAAACGGCAAUGGAAAUCAGAUUAUUAUUAUUUUUAUUAGCAAAAGAAAACUGACACAAAUUAGAUUUUUUUUGGAAUGUAGCUA